AUGGUUAAUUUGUACUGCGUUUAGUAUAUUUAAUUUGUGUUCAGUUUGAUAAUUUAAGGUCACAAUUUCCACAGCGUUUUCUGAUAUGUACAAUUUCCUUCUGAUCGAGUACUCUAGUGUCGGAUACAACGUGUGCCCUUACUUGCUAUAGUAAAAACAAAUGUGAUAUGAGUAAUGACACAUCAGUUUGAAAUACAGGAUAUAUUAGAUUAGCCAUCCGCUCCACAUUGUGUUUUUCCUUCUGGAGCCGCUCCUCUGAUUGCAGAAAACGAACCUUUUGUUGCGCACUGCCGCAGGAUGGCUCAGGGGUGCAGUUAUCAGAAAGUUGCCUGUCCGUUGUAUGUGCGGUAAUAACAUGUCAACGCCGCUUCCAGCCAUUGUACCCGCCGCCCGGAAAGCGACGGCAGCGGUAAUAUUCCUUCAUGGAUUGGGGGACACUGGACACAGCUGGGCAGAAGCCUUUGCAGGCAUCAGGACCCCCCAUGUUAAAUAUAUUUGCCCUCAUGCGCCAAUAAUGCCAGUUACCUUGAACAUGAAUAUGGCCAUGCCAUCCUGGUUUGACAUAAUCGGACUUAGCCCUGAAGCAGAAGAAGAUGAUUCGGGAAUCAAAGAGGCAGCAGAAAAUAUUAAAGCACUUAUAGACCAAGAAGUAAAAAAUGGAAUACCUUCUCACAGAAUUGUUUUGGGCGGAUUUUCACAGGGAGGAGCGUUGUCUCUGUACACAGCUUUGACCACACAACAGAAACUGGCAGGCGUGGUAGCCCUGAGCUGCUGGCUUCCUCUGCGUAGUUCAUUCCCACAGGCAGCGGCCAACGGUGUGAAUAAAGACGUCGGUAUUCUGCAGUGCCAUGGAGAGGCUGAUCCCCUGGUUCCUCUAGUGUUUGGGUGUCUCACGGUGGAAAAGUUAAAAAGUAUUGUCAACCCAGCAAACGUCAGCUUCAAGACCUAUCCAAGGAUGCCACACAGUUCCUGCCCCCAGGAAAUGAUGGAUAUCAAGCAGUUUAUCGAAAAGCAGCUACCUCCAAUCAAUUAAUUUCACAACUGAGGCCUUUUAAUGAGACACCAGCACCAGCUAUAACUGAAUUCUACUUAAGCUCUAAUUCCCCAAGAAACUGCAAAACUCCAAAUACAUUGUUCUACACCUGCUGUAUAUUUGCCACAUUUUGCCUGUCAUGCAGAGAUACACCCCUGGGACUUGUGGAGAAGCAGUGAAAAGGUAUACUUUAGUAGUUUAUUAACUGUUAAGUUCACUGCGAGAACAGCAAGGAACCUACAUUAUUUAGGUGGCUAAUGUGUUGUCGCAACUGUUGUGGCUGUAACUAUUUGCUAUCGAAGAAGCCAUUUUUCCAAGUAAAACAAUGCAUUUGAUUAAUACACUGUAAGAACGGACAUCUUAAAGUUUUAAUUUAUGUGGAUUUACAAUAAAUGAAAAUAUUGUAAUUCU